GUUAACCAUUGCAUCAGUCUCUCAGUGUACUGGCAGCAGCAUGUCCUCUCUGUCCGUUCCUCCACCAGCAUGUCUGUUACAGCCCUACCCCGUCCCCCAGCGUCUCAUGCUCGGGCCAGGACCAUCCAAUGUACCUGCACGGAUCUCAGCAGCUGGGGCACAGCCCAUGCUGGGCCACCUGCAUACAGAAACCAUUGAGAUAAUGAAUCAUAUCAAGAGUGGCAUUCAGUAUGUAUUUCAGACUCGAAAUAGAGUGACUCUGGCUGUGAGUGGACCAGGUCAUGCAGCUAUGGAGUGUGCCAUCUUUAACUCACUGGAGCCUGGAGAUAGUGUGCUCAUUGCGGUCAAUGGCAUAUGGGGAGAGAGGGCUGCAGAGAUUGCUGAGAGGAUAGGGGCCAAGGUGAACACAAUUGUAACCUUUGCUGGUGGGUACUUUAAAAAUGAGGAAAUUGAGCAGGCAUUAGACAAAUAUAGACCAGUGGUGUUCUUUAUCACCCAUGGCGAAUCCUCCACAGGAGUGGUCCACCCCAUAGACGGCAUAGGUGACCUUUGCCACAAGUACAACUGUUUGUUUCUGGUUGAUUCUGUAGCUGCACUCGGAGGUGCUCCUAUCCACAUGGAUAAACAAGGUAUUGACAUUAUGUAUACCGGCUCUCAGAAGGUCUUAAACGCCCCACCAGGAACAGCGCCAAUCUCUUUCAGCGAGAGAGCAUGCCAGAAAAUAUUUAACAGGAAGACCAAGCCAUUCUCGUACUUUCUGGACUUGAGCUGGUUGGCAAAUUAUUGGGGUUGUGAUGACAAGCCUGUACGCGCUUAUCACCACACUGGACCUGUCUCUGCUUUUUAUGGUUUGCGGGAGAGUCUGGCAAUCGUUGCAGAAACUGGUCUUGAGAACUUAUGGAAACAACACAGAGAAGUCGCAGAAUACUUUCAUAAAGGCCUAGAGGAGAUGGGCCUAAAACUGUUUGUGCAGGACAAGAAAGCAAGACUUCCCACAGUGACCACAAUAGUAGCUCCACCAGGAUAUGACUGGCGAGAAAUCACUGGGUAUAUAAUGAAGACCUAUAACAUUGAAAUCUCUGGGGGUCUGGGGCCAUCUGCUGGUAUGGUUUUACGUGUGGGAUUGAUGGGAUGUAACAGCAGCAAGGCCAAUGUGGACAAGGUGUUAGAGGCUUUGGCUGGUGCUCUUAAACACUGCCAUAAGAGCAAAGUAUAACAGUAUAUAUAUAUAUAUAUAUAUAUAUAUAUAUAUAUAUAUAUAUAUAUAUAUAUAUAUAUAUAUAUAUAUACACUAACCUAAAGGAUUAUUAGGAACACCUGUUCAAUUUUUCAUUAAUGCAAUUUGCAAUUAUCUAAUCAACCAAUCACAUGGCAGUUGCUUCAAUGCAUUUAGGGGUGUGGUCCUGGUCAAGACAACCCCCAAUUUUGAGCGUGUUGUUGGUGCCAGACAGGCCGGUCUGAGUAUUUCACAAUCUGCUCAGUUACUGGGAUUUUCACGCACAACCAUUUCUAUGGUUUACAAAGAAUGGUGUGAAAAGGGAAAAACAUCCAGUAUGCGGCAGUCCUGUGGGCGAAAAUGCCUUGUUGGUGCUAGAGGUCAGAGGAGAAUGGGCCGACUGAUUCAAGCUGAUAGAAGACCAACUUUGACUGAAAUAACCACUCGUUACAACCGAGGUAUGCAGCAAAGCAUUUGUGAAGCCACAACACGCACAACCUUGAGGCGGAUGGGCUACAACAGCAGAAGACCCCACCGGGUACCACUCAUCUCCACUACAAAUAGGAAAAAGAGGCUACAAUUUGCACGAGCUCACCAAAAUUGGACAGUUAAAGAAUGGAAAUUUUUUCCUGGUCUGAUGACUCUCGAUUUUUUACCACUGUGCAGGCUGGUUGUUAGGCUUGGGAAUCGAGAAUCGAGAAUCGAUUGGAACCGGGACUAGCUUUGUGAUUUUCCCGGAAUCGUUCAAAAGUUUAAAAUUCGAUUCCUAGUUUCGAUUCACAGUCCGCCGACCGGAUAAAGAAACCGCUGAACACCAAUGAAGAAGCGUCUGUUUCGUGCAUAGGAGGGUGCACGUUGAACGUAAUAAAGCACCUCGUUCAUUGAGUAGAAAUAAAUGUGUGCCCCGUCUUUGACGCGCUGCGCCGACCGUCCUCCGCUGCCUCUUCCUCUGUCUAUGACCCCCAGCUUGGCACAGCAGUGACUGCACUGCAGUCCGUAUCAAGUAAGUAAAACAAUAUAUACAAUGAGGGCUCGCUAAAUUUCGAAAUCCCUGGUAGAAAAAAGAAACGCUAAAACAAUGUUAGUCUCUGAAAACAAAAGGACUAAUUAUUUUUAAAUUACUUGAGUUCGCGCUUUUUGCUGAGCACAAGAACAAGCGCGUACUUGUGAAGAGCGGACCCAGGAUGCAGAGGAGCGCGCAUCUCAGACGUGAACACGAAAGGAAUAAUGGGUUUAAUUAUGCUUUCAGUUUCACUUCUUGUUACGUGAGGAUAGUAAUGACUGACAAGACGACGCCGUACAUACUACCUAACAAAAUCUGAGAGAAUGCAAAAACAUUAAAAUAUUUUUCCUAUGAUAGCCCGCACGGGCAGAGCGAAGAUGCAUUUUGAUAACCCGACAGGAAUUCGCAAUAGCCCCAGGACGUCGGGCUAGCGAUUUUGCGAGCCCUGAAAAGAAUGCCUUGCACCAACAUUGAGCUAACAAAUUAGCCCAUGUAUUUUUUCAUAGACAAUUUAUGAGCUAAGAAUGCGAAUGUUAGUUAGCCCAUCAGUGGGAGCACAGUAACAUGUUCAAGUACCUGCAGCAGCAUCAUACACUCAUGUGUUUUCAUGAGGUUUUCAAAAAUAAAGCUCUCUUGAGGUAAGUGUACCCCUGUAAAAAUAUAUUCAUAAUUUAUAAUAUUUAUAUUCAAGUUCAUAGAUUUGAUAUUUAUAUUGUUGAAAACAGCCAUGUGAGAAAUUAAUAGUAAAGUUCAUAAAAAGUCAAAAGUUUAUAAAAUUAAAAUUGAUGGUGAAGGUCAGACUAUUUCCUUCAGAAAGACCAUUGGUUAGCUAGCUCAUUUAAAAUAUCCUAAACAUUUUUGACCCUGCCUCUUAAAAGAAUCGGAAUCGAGAAUCGAUAGGAACCGGAAUCGAAACAAGGAAUCGGAAUUGGAAUCGGAAUCGUUCAAAUUCAAACGAUACCCAACCCUACUGGUUGUGGUCAUGUAAUGGUGUGGGGGAUGUUUUCUUGGCACACUUUAGGCCCCUUAGUGCCAAUUGGGCAUCGUUUAAAUGCUAUUGCUUACCUGAGCAUUGUUUCUGACCAUGUCCAUCACUUUAUGACCACCAUGUACCCAUCCUCUAAUGGCUAUUUCCAGCAGGAUAAUGCACCAUGUCACAAAGCUUGAAUCAUUUCAAAUUGGUUUCUUGAACAUGACAAUGAGUUCACAGUACUAAAAUGGCCCCCAUAGUCACCAGGGGCCUCAUUUAUAAAAUGCUGCGUAAAAACCAUCCUACAUUUGAUCUUACGAUCAUUUAACAAAAAUGCGUACGUGUGCUUCAUAAACCGAACAUACGCGCAGAAAACGCUCGUACCCCUUUCAAAUAUAUAAAUUGCAAAUGAACUUGAACUUGUGCGGGCAGCCGAGAAAUUUUAGAUCUCCGCCUUUAAAUGAUGCGUAAUUAAUGUCAGACAUAUAAAAGAGCGCUUGUCAAUGUUUAAACCCAAUUUCAAACAGCAAGAAUGGCUUAUAUUUCCAAAAACCUGCAGCAAUCAAACAAGCAAAAGUGUGUACGUCUGCUCAGACCCUGACGUGGUGCUAAGCACUUUUCCACGUCAAAGACAGUUUUUAUAAAUAUGGACUUUGCCGUGGAUUUUUGCCUACGCACACUUUACGAUCAAAUCUGUGCAUACGCAUGCUUUAUAAAUGAGGCCCCUGAUCUCAACCCAAUAGAGCAUCUUUGGUAUGUGGUGGAACGGGAGCUUUGUGCCCUGGAUGUGCAUCCCACAAAUCUCCAUCAACUGCAAGAUGCUAUCCUAUCAAUAUGGGCCAGCAUUUCUAAAGAAUGCGUUCAGCACCUUGUUGAAUCAACGCCACAUAGAAUUAAGGCAGUUCUGAAGGCGAAAUGAGGUCAAACACAGUACUAGUAAGGUGUUCCUAAUUAUCCUUUAGGUUAGUGUGUGUAUAUAUAUGUAACAUUUUAUAUUAUUAUAUAUUAUGUUAUAUAAUAAAGUUGAUUAUACUAUGGAUGAUGAA